ACACUAUAACAACAUUUGAACCCGCCACGCCAGAGCCAUAUUGCGGCAGCUAGUAUAAUCGGGAAAGAACUAAUGGCUCCAGAAGAUGAAACCGCUUUCAGCCUUGGUUAUUCUGUCACAUGCGGCGGACAAUCAGCCUAGUCUGAAAUCCUGCCUGUUCAGACCCAAAUAACGAGUAUAAGAUGGCACUCUUUCUCGCCGUAACGACUUAACAGUCCCCAGCCUUUGCCUCUAUGCGGUCUACCUGUUUUCUGAUACUGAAUAUCAAUCAUACAUGUUGAAACCCGGAAUUAUUUGACUACGAAAUGCCUGCUCAAGAGUAUAACAACAGUGAGUCCCUCAGGACCUCAACAGUUGGUUGUUCUGAAGAUUUAUUUCUUUCGGUUCCACCUAAUGUUUGCUCACUAGCCCCCUUGACUGCUGUCACUACCACAUCAACGAAGGAAAAGCGAUCCCAGCCAUGGAAAACCCACUGGCCACCUCAAAAGAAUAUCCCGGACCAGAAGGCCUACGGAUUCGCUAAGGGUGAAACUGUAGCAAUCUAUGGAAAUUGAGAGGGAAAGGAUCCCAGUCUUACUGAUGCUGUGAAGGGGGUCAAAUAAUGGUUGAUAGGCUGUGGAAUUAUAAUGAAUAACAGUUUGCUGCGGGGAUCAUCCAUACUGAUUCCUGGUUCAAGUUCUUCACAGUGACAGUUGUAUCAAACUUGGAAGUCG